GUCUCUAAAGAAUUAAUUAUUAAUUUAAAAACAGGCUGUGGGCAGGAGUGUACUAUUGCCAGUUAGCGUUCAGCACAGUCCCCAGCUUGUCACUGUUACCUGUCUCCUUCCCCCACACACCCAUGGCUAUGCUAGGCUGGCUUACAGGCAGCAGUGCCCCCAUAUUUAUCCUGCUGCUGCUGCCAGGCUAGGUAGGGGAUGCUGGGGCCUCCCUCAGGGUGUUGGUCACUAAGUGGUCCCCCCGCUAAGCUGAGCAGUGGCUCAGCCUCUCACACCUUCUCCAGGCUGGGCUGGCCCAGAACUCACCCAGGGGCCUGGUCUGGGGUCUCCCUGGAGGCUCCUGGUAACAAACAGCCCCACCCCUUCUGGGAGCUGGUAUCCAUGGCAACGGUAUACAGCCCUUCCCUCCCAGGCCUGCUUGGAGGUCGGGCCUCAGAGCAAGAGUCGGUCAGUGGUCACCUGGGACCUCCAGCAGGCGCACCUGCAGCCCCCGAGACUCCCACGUGCCUGCCAGACACCACGCCCCACCCCGCACCGGUGGUCUGCUCUGCCGACCCGCAGUUGGCUCUUGAGUCCCUGGACCCUCGCACACUGCGGCUGCUGUGGAGACAGCGAGAACUGGAGAUCCAGGCCUUGCGGUGGGCCGUCCAGAAUGGUGAGGACGCCUGGCUCUGCCACAUCCUGGAAAAGGUGGCGGGGCUUCCGCCCAAGAGGAGCUCCCACAGUCAGGAGAAACUCCUGCAGAACCAGGUCCAGAAGCUGACCCUGGAAUUGAAGGAACAGAAGGAGCGAGCCCAGUGGGAGAAGGAGCACCUGGAGGAGCGGCUGCUGCAGACCACCCGCACGCUCCAGGAGGUGGAGGCCGAGCUGCAGAACUUGCAGAACUCUUGCCUCCUGCAGCUGGCCCACUCCUCGUGGGUGGGCCGCAUGCUACGAUCCCAGACUGGCAGUGUGGAGGUAGUGACGGCAGAGACUCUGAUGGACCCAAGCGACCUCUCUGAAAACAUUCAGGCCCCCACCGGGGAGGGUUUUCGGCUGGAGGACGUGGACUGGAACAGCGUUGCCCGCCAGUACCCCAACCUCUUCACCAACAUGGAGCCCAGCUCAAAGCAAAACGUGGUCCACGGGCAGCCCCGGCCCUGGCCACAGCUGGACACAGGGAGCCCAGAGUCCUCUGGAAAGCAUUCCGAGCGGCAUCACAAGACCGUGGAGUGGGGCUCCCCGCCCUGUCUGAACACCAGCAGCUCAGGGGGCGCUGACUCCGACUCCAGCAGCUGCAGACCGGGCCUGCCUUCCUUCGUGCAGGUGAUAGGGCACCCGCCCCGGGACCACCGCGCUUCCUCCGAGCAAGCGCUGGUGCAGGCCGGGGGCUACGGCAGGGACUCAGAAGAUCUCCAGAAAACCCACUCACCCAGGCACGGCGAGCCGGUCCUGUCGCCCCAGCCCUGCACAGACCCCGACCACUGGAGCGCGGAACUCCUGCAGAGCCCGACAGGCCUGAAGAUCGUGGCUGUGAGCUGCCGGGAGAGGUUCGUCCGCAUCUUCAACCCGUCGCAGGAGAGCACGGCCGACCUGAGCGGCGUGGUGCUGAAGCAGCUGGUGCGCGGCUUCCCGGAGCGCCUGUACCGCUUCCCGCCGGGCACGCUGCUGGCCCCGCGGCACCACGUCACGGUGCGCCCCGGCCCCGACGGCCCGGCCCGGCCGCCCCUCACCCGCCGCUCCGCGCCCUUCCAGGUCUGGGGCGAGGCGACCCGCAGAGCCAAGAAGCCGCUGCGCGCGUCCUCGAGCCGGGAGCCGGUUCCCCUCCUCUCCAUCCGCGGCUGCGCGACGCUGCUCCUGAGCCCCAAGGGCGAGGUCCUCAGUGAGCACCGGAUCCCACGCCGCGAGACUCCGGCCCCGAGGGUCUUCGCCGACGGCACCGACUUGUCCAUCGACCGCUUCCCGCUCCCUGAGGCCGGGCCCGGCGCCGACACCCGCAAGCCGCCGCGCCCACCUCGACCUCUGCGCAAAGGCCGGGUGCGGGAGCCCCGGGUCAGUCGCCGGAGACCAGGGACGCGGGGCCUGCUGCCCCCAGUGAGCUCGGGGAAGCUCUUCCACGCGCGAGAGGGGCCCGCGCGGCCCGAGAACCCUGAGAUCCCCGCGCCGCAGCACCUGCCCGCCAUCCCGGGUGACCCCACCCUGCCGUCGCCUCCCGCAGAGGCCGGGCUGGGCCUGGAGGACUGUGGGCUCCAGAAAGAGCACCGAGUUCGGGUGUGCCGGAAGAGCGUGGACCGUAGCUGCCCCCUGGUGGCCCUGUCGGUGCAGAACGCGGCGGAGAGCAGAUUCGGCUUCCGCUUCCUCAGCUGCCUGCCGGUCACCGCGGACACCUGCCGCGGCGCCUAGGGGCGGAGGAGCGGGG